UUGGGUAAACUGUAAAGUUUUGUUUAGAGCUGUGACCGUUAAAAAUUCUCAUGAAUUUUCAAUAGAAAUGAGUUCUAGAAGACGUCGUAGUGAUGAUUUUACUGAUUCUUUAUCUGAAUAUCAUCGUUUAGUGCACGAGAGGGAACUGAGUGAAAUUCUCCAUUCAAAAACUCCAAGUCCCAAAAAUCCGACACCCGAAAAAAAAACCAUGGUGAAAGUAAAGGCAAACGAAACUAUCACUCCCGACACGACAAUUUUCAAACAAGUUUCCAGCUUGAGAGACGAAGUAAAUGCACAAAAACAAAAUCUGGAAAGAUGCCCAACAACCCCAAAAACAUCAAAAAGUUUCAAAAACACGAUGUCGACAAAAAUGCCCCCAUCACCGAUUUCCGAAGUUUUGAAUAAAAUCAGUAAAGCCUUAGAAUUGAAGCAACCUAAAGAGGAAUCAAAAUCCACAACCGAAACCUCCCGAAUCGAACCCAACAAAAUCUGGAAUGCUCUCACUACUUUCAAUCGAUCCCUGAACUCAGACAAGAAUGGCUUGCAGUCUCACCAGAAAGUUUUAUCCCGACUCUCCCAAGAAUUUCAAUCGUCACCCACGAAAUUUGCCGAAAAAUUGGUCACGAUUAUCGAAGAGUCGAUGAUGCCCUCGGCUUCAGAUCAGAAGGACUGUUCCGGCAUCAGCGUUAGUCGAAUGACUACAGAAUUUAGAAAACUGUGCAAGUUUAUCGAAGAUGAGUCAAUGCCGGAAUGGAUUUUAUCUCCAGAAGCGAUUCCCGAGGAAGAUGAAGUGGAGGAGCAAAUUGAGAAUCAAAGUAUCGACUUGGUGGAUGACGAGAGCAAUUUGGCAGAUUCGUCUCGGGACAGUUUGGCCUCGACUCCAUUUGGAAACAGAUACUUGAUGAAUUAUGCAGAAACGCCUAAGGGAAUCUUCCGAUUGAAGGAGAGUCCUCUGAGUUCGGGAAAGAAGCCAGUUAAUAAAGCCAUCAAGGAUUCCCGAUUCAACGAGUCGAAUCAUUCUUUUGAGUACUGGGAGAGCAUGUGCAACGGCGUUUAUUUGCAUCAGCGAGUGACACCUCAAGGGGGAUUGAGGAGAAGCAUUUCUCUGCCAGAUUCUCCUGUUAGGAAGCUGAAUAGAAUCAGGUCAACUUGCGAGCAACAGUUGGCUUCUUUGGAUGACACUGCGCUUGAUCAGAUUCGCAACGAGAAGCCUAGAUUUUUCCACGAUUUCACGGAGGACACGUUUGGAUCUUUCAGUCCGAAGCAAUUCAAACGGGAAAUUGUGAAGACAUCAAAAAGUAAGAAGUAUUUUUCGGAUCAAGCUGAGGAUGCGAGAGGAACGAGGAAAGUGGCGACUUUGAGAAAAUCUCCGAAGAAACAAAAGUCGAUUCUGAAGCGGGAGAGUGUUGGAUAUUUGGGAAAUUGUGAGGAUGAACUGGAUAAAAGUUUGAUUGCGGAACUUGCGCAGAGAAGACAGAGGUGUUUCGAAACGGCGAAGCUGAUGAUGGAACUUGAUAAGAAUGAUCCGAUCAUUUCAGAGAGGAUGGAUGAUUCUGGAUUCCUGGCGAAAUUGGGGAGUCCCAAUAAGUCGCUCUCUUUGCCGGGUAACAACAGGGAGUUUUUAAACACGAUCAAUCAUUGCAUGGAGUAUGAAGAUUUUCUUCUGAAAAAGAGGAAGUCGAUUUUCCAGAUCAUUCAACAGCCAAAGGCUUCGGAUGCCGAUUCUGGAAUUGCUUUCGAGGCGAGUUCAAAGGUGAAAAGUCCUAUUGGAUCAGUUGCUUUGAAAACUCCAGUGAGAAACGAUGUGAAGAGUGCGGAAAAAAAAUCUGCAAAGUUUUCCAAAGAAAUAAAAAGUGAGGGAAGGAAAUUCACGAAUUUUUCCAAAGAAAUUAAAAGUGAGGAAAAUAAAGGUCCGAAGUCUCUCGAAGAAAUGAAAAGUGAAGAAAAGGUAGUGAAAAGUUCUCCCAAUAAAAUCCAGGCUAAGGAAAUAACAACUCCCAGCGUAAUUGAGAAUCAGGAAAAGAAACCGGCGAAGUCGCCCAGACGUCGAUUUUUCUUCACUCCCGGAAAAAGCCCGAAAACAGAGGAAGUGAAAAGGAAGAAGGAGUAUUUCCCCGAGGUUGAAAGCCUCGUGAAUAUUCCAUCAAGUUUGAUUUUUGGAAAAAGUCCCCGAACUCCAGAGAUUCGUAAAAAUAUUUACGAAAAUGUGAGAUCACCGGUGGCUGAGUAUAUCAAGGGUACAGACGCAAAAUUGGUGAAGAAUAUCCAUGUGAAAAAGAAUGAUUGGCUCCUGACACCACAACCUUUGGGGAUUUCAAACGAAUUCAACAGAAUCCAAAUUACGCCAUUGAAAAGUGUGCAAGAGAGCACUGGAUUAAAAUUCAAUCUCUCUCCAAUGGGAAAAAAGAUUGCCGAUUCUUCAGUUCUGGGGGACGAAAAUAUUCCUGAAAAAGAAUUCAAACUUCCGAAAAUCGAUUACAAAACUCCGGUGAAAGUUCACACGAUAAAGGAUAAUUUAGAAAAUGAACCGAAAAGUCAAGGAUCGAGAGUAAAAACUCUACUGAAGUCAUCAGAAAAGAAGAUCGUUAUCAGACACGAAGGCCGUAUUGCAGUCGCAAGUCCUAGAAACGGAGGCGAAGACGAGACGGAUAAUACUUUAGUGGACACUUCCAUACACGUAAAAACAAUAGCUCGAAAAACAGAUUAUAUAAGAGCGCGAACUGUUCGAUAAAAUUGUACGUAUUUUUAAUUCGAUUGAUAUUUUUUUUCACUAUUUUACUCAUAUUGCUUAAGAUAAUCAAAAACUUAGCAUGAUUAUAAUAGUUUAUGAUUUAUUUCGCAGCAUCGGAGAGUGAAAGGUCAAAUGUAAAUAUUCAAAAAAUUUCGGAAUAGUUUCUCUCGUAACUUUAUUGGAACUUCAGGAUGAAGUUGUACUUAUUUAUUUUUAUAAGUUUUUUUUUUUAGAGGAAUGUAAGAAACCGACAAACGCUCAAACUUUUCUACAUAGCGAUGUACCGUGUGCUCACUUUAAUUUGUUAAAAUUAUUAAUGAUUGUGGGCGGAAACGUUGCUUAGAGGAAAUAUAUUUUGAUUUUUUUUGUACAAAAA